CCAGCCUACAACUGCCUUUAAAAAACCCACCACCCAAACCAACUCAGGGUAACUGCCUCCUCCCAGGGUCAAGGCAAGCCAUUCCGCAAGCAUUAUUCGAGCUCCAACUGUCUGACUGGAUGUAAGAGAAGUUAACAAGGACAAGGAAAAGUUUGUUUUCCACUGAAGUCAUCUAAGGCCAUUUCCCACGACAGGAGUGGAGCACCAGCAUGGUGAGGAACAUUGAUGACUUCGAUUUUUGCCUUCCAUCCCACCCCCAGUCUAUUCUGGAAGGACUUCAGACCCUUCGCUCCAAUCCAAAACUCUCAGAUGUCACCUUGAUAGUUGAGGGACAUGAAUUCCCCUGCCACCGCAGUAUUCUGGCCCUCUGCAGCCACUAUUUCAAUGCCAUGUUUGCUGGUGACUUCUUGGAAAGCAUUUCAGCUCGUGUAGAGAUCAAAGAGGUGGAUCCAGCCAUUAUGGAGACCUUGAUUGACUUUGCUUACACAGGAAAGGUGACCAUCAACCAAGGUAAUGUGGAAGCCUUAAUUCGGACAUCCAACCAACUCCACUUCCCCGUCCUCCGGAAAGUCUGCAGUCGGUACCUGAGGCAGCAGAUGGAUGCAACCAACUGUUUGGGCAUUUGUGAAUUUGGGGAGCUGCAUGGCUGCCCAGAAGUGUCAUCCAAGGCCUGGUCAUUUCUGCAGGAGAAUUUUGAACUUGUGUCUCAACAAGAGGAGUUCCUGCAGCUAUCCAAAGAGAGGCUGGUUAUCUACCUGUCCAACAACUUGCUCCAAGUACAAGAAGAGCAGAGUCUAGUUGAGGCUGUGCUGAGGUGGGUGAAGUAUGAAAAGUCUGCUAGAGCCAUGCACCUUCCAGAACUCCUUGAUCUAGUGCAUCUGGUUUCAUUGCCAGAUCAGUACCUGCAGGACCUCUUGUCAUCAGAACUACUGAUUCAAGAAUCGGAGGCUUGCAAGACCAUCAUCACUAGACAUCGAAGCACGUUGGAGAACAGGCCAUUUGUCCAGCAGAGACUGAAGGCCCUGCCACAAAAGCUCGAGGAGGUGCUAGUGGUGGUGGGAGGCAGAGCUCUGGAAGAGAAUGAAGAAGAUGAACAGCAACCACUAAUCUCCAGGAAUUUUGCCUUUUAUAACACUAAGACUAAAAGAUGGAAUGCUCUCCCUGAUUUUCCAGACUACAAUAAAUGGGGUUUCUCUGUGAUUGCACUAAAUAAUGAUGUUUAUGUCACAGGUGGCUCCAGAGGAUCACGGAAUGACACAUGGUCAACAACUCAGUCCUGGUGCUUCUGCCUCAAGGAUGGUGCCUGGAAGCCCAUUGCACCAAUGCUGAAGCCACGAACCAACCACGCCAGUGCUGUCCUCAACGGAGAGAUCUAUGCCAUUGGUGGCACCGCGGUGGACGUUGUGGAAGUGGAGUGUUAUGAUCCUUAUAAUGACAGCUGGUGCUUUGUGAGCCCUGCCUUGAAGUACGUCAGCAACUUCACCAUCGCCGGGUGUCUUGGGAAGUUGUACCUCAUUGGCUCUUGUGCUGUCAAAUACAACGCAUUAACCCUGCAGUGUUACAACCCUGCAAUUGAUGUUUGGAGUGUAAUUGCAUCCCCUUUCAUCCCAAAAUACCUCUCUGCUCCUCGAUGUGCCUCUCUGCAUGGAGCCAUCUACCUUAUUGGUGACAACACAAAGAAAGUCUAUGUGUAUGAUCCAGAUGCUAAUAUAUGGCAGAAGGUGCAACAGCUUCACACCCUCCAUGAAAACGGAGGGAUGGUACCUCUUGGAGGUAAACUCUUUGUCACCGGAGGAUACUGGAAGGGCAUGGACGGUGACUAUCAGGUGGAGAUGGAAAUUUAUGACUGUGCUAAGGAUGUCUGGAGAAGGGAAGGUUCCCUCCCAUGCUUAUGGCUCUACCACAGCUCCUCCUCUAUCUUCAUGGAUACUUCGAAGUGGAGGGAACCUUUCCUAGGAGACCAUUUGUGAACAGAGUGUGGAACAAGGCCUCACAGCACAACAGCUCCUGCCACAAGUUCAGAAAAGGAACAGAGUUUUCAAUAUCACAUUUGUACACUUCCUUUUGCCUUUUUUGUUCAGACUGUUUGAAUGGUUCUAAACCCCCAC